AGAAUUGGAAGGUUUAAAGUUAAGAUUAUAAAAUAUUAAAAGUUAAUUAUUUUGAUGAUACUGAAAGAAGAUUUAAAUUAAGAAAUUGAAUAAUAAAGAUGAAGUUAUUAAAGUUUAGAAGCUUAACUAAAUACAAGAAGAUUUGUUCAAGAUAAUCAAAAUAUUAUAAAUGAACAGAUUGAGAGAAUAAUUUAAUACUAAUCAAUUCAAUCUUAAAGUUAAGAUGAUCAAAAAUACUUAAAUAAAUCAAGGAUCCAUCAAAAAUAAAUAUGUCAAAAUUAAAUAAUUUAUAUUUUUAUUUCAUUUGCAAGUAGACUUUAGGCCAUAAAUAUUGAACUUAAUAUAAUCUUACAAAUAAAAUAUAUAUUAAUUUGUAUAAUACAUAUAUAAUUGGGCUUCUUAAUGUGCAGUCAUCUGUACCCUGGACUUGCCUAGUCUUUGAUGGAAAUUGCAAUUUGUUCAAAUGAAGAUUGUGUUUACAAAUUCCAUCCAUAAUGCAUGAAAUGUGCUUUUAAAUUUUGUUAAAAUCAUUUCAAAGAAUGUAGCCUAGGUAACAGAAUUUAAGAACUCUUGAAUUAACUACUAAGAUAAAAUGAAAAUUUGGAGAAGAAACUUUAUUAGCUAUAAUCUAAUACCAAUAAAAAAAUGACAUAAGUAUUAUUCGAAUGUAGAUAAUUUCUUAACAGAAUAUAAUAAUUUACUGAAAAUUGUUUAUUCUAAGAUAUUAUCCCCAUUAACUUAGACAUUGAUUUCAUACAAGAGUUAGUGGAUUAAAUUUCAUUAGAGAUUCAAACCAAAUUUUAGAUCAUAAUGUCCUAUUUUGAAGAAUUAAAAUACCCUUUUAACCUUCAAAAUAGAAGCUAGUCUAAAAUACAUUAGAAGCGUUCAAUAAUUUUUGAAUAAGAAGGUCAUUUGACAGAAUCCUUAUCAUCCAUAAAUUUAAGUUUAAAUAUGGAUCCUUAAUCUAUCUUUUCUAUUUUUUAAAAAGGUUUCUUUAUGCAUUUAAUGAUAGGAAAUUUGCUUUUUAAAUAACAUUAAUAUGAAGAGUCCUUUAGUUAUCUCUUCAAAGCCUUACUUUUAGCCAAAAAAUCUAAAAAGAAGGAGCUACGACAUUAAAUUUUCCUAACUUUAUGUAAUGUAUUUAUAUUAUAAUAGAAGAAAAUUGUUUGUUUUAAAUGAAAAAGUUUUCUGAAAUUAUUGAAUUCUCUAAUAAAUAUCAAAAAAUAUUUGAUGUAGAAAAUUUCUCCAUGUUUAAAUGUAUCUAAUUAUUAAAAAAUAGAUUUUGCAUAAUUUAACAAAAGAUAAUAUGACAAAGUUCUUGAAAAUUUAAAUCAAAUUAAUCUCGAUGAAUUAAAUUAUUAAUAAUCAAAUUAAUAUCAAGGUAUAAUUAUAAAAAUUUUUUUAGAACUAUUUAAAAUGGCAGAAAGAAGUAAGAAUUAAGAAAAAUAUAUAAAUGGUAUUCUUCAUUUUUGUAUGUUUAGAAUAAAAUUAAACUGAAAUUUUGAAAAAUUCCUUAAAGCAGUAAAAUUAGUCUUAAAUAAAAUAAACCACUCAAGAAGAUUGUUCUAAAGAUAUCAAUUCAAUUAUUUUCAGAUUUAAAAAAGCAAUGCAACAAUUAGUGAACAUCAUUUAUGAGAAUGAUGAUGAAAAAGAUGCCUUUCUUCAAUAAAAUCAAUAAUUUAUUUUAACAAUCGAGAAAAAGUAAUUAGUAUCUAUAUUUUAGUAAAAUAAAUCUUGUCAAUUUGCCAUCAAAAAGCUAAACAACCCCAAUUAACCUGUAAGAUUUGUUGAGCAAAUUUAAUUCAAGAGAUAGGCUAGAGCUUUAAACUAAUUUUAUAGAUAGCUGAUACUAAAAC